UUGACUAACCCUUUUGGGUAUCAGUACUGUGUCUCUGUAAGCGAGUUUUAUUGUUUUCAUAGCAUUUAUCACAAUCUAUUUACUUGCUUGUUUGCUGUGCUUCAUCAGAAUAAGCUUCUAACAUCCUGGAUUUUGUGUACUUUGUUUACUCUGCAGUUCCAAUUUCAAACAGAAUGCCUUUCUAAUGGGCACCCUUUAGAGGGGGGCACUCUUUAAAUACGUGUCAAAUUAAGAUGAGUGGCAAAUAUAAGUACAUGUGUUCUUGUGACCUUGAGAAAAUAAUCUUAUUCUUUUUUUGUAGAGCAUAGGUUGGAACUUGACAUGUUGUAGCAUUAUAAACAAUUCCUUGAUACUGGAAUAGAUAUUACUCAACUGAUUCGUACAGAAUUGGUAGCAUAGAUAUGAGUUUGCCCUAGUAUUAUAGGCAGCCAAGUUAGAUAGAAAUUAUUAUAAAUCAGGGAGGGAGUGGGCUGUCAAGGAAGUCAGAAAAAUAAAGACAUCAGAUUUUUUUUUUUUUUUUGUACCAGGGAUUGAACUUGGGACCUUGUUCUUGCAAGGCACACUGAGCUAAAUCCCUGCCCCUACUGGAGGAACAUCUUAAGACUGGGCCAUAAGAUGAAGAUGCAAUGACCUGGCCUACAUGCCUCCCCUAAAGUAUAUGCAGUAACUUGGAAUUAUACUAUGAUUGGUAUCACAUGGUCCAAUAAAAGUCUAGAAAGACAGCAGUCACUCAGGUGGGUGACCAGAGCAUUGAGAGCCAUCCCUUUCCAAAAGUGCCUUUGUUCUUUCCAUGGACCCUUGUUACAUGACCUGUUUCUCUCUUGAAUGUAUACAUUCAAGCUAUUAGCUAGGUGGAUAUACUUGUAAUGUUACUGGUUGAUUAUAGUUUGACCCACAUUGCACCCUCCUUGUGAUUUUGUACCCACCUCAUAAUUUUGGUCUAUAAAACAUUCUUAGAGAACUGGCCUUCGUGGCAACCCAUUUUGGGGUGCCCUCCUGUCUCUCAGGAGCUAUCUUUCAAUAAAUCCUUCGUAUGCUUACCUUGUUCCUCAGAAUUAAUUCUUCAAUUCUGGGGACACAAACUUAGCAUAUCUAACAUCUAGCAGGUUGGAAGUUAUUUUUUUUUCUUAUAUCACUAUGACCUAUAAAUACACUCAGAUUGAGCCCUAAAAUCUUAAGACCUAGUAUCUCUGGUAGCAAGUCCAGGGUCAAAACGCUAAUGAACGGAUGGCAAAAAUUUAAACAGGUGGAAUGAACCGGGGGAAGAGGGGGACGGGUGAGGGGAAGGGUCACUCCUACUAUGCACCGAGACAACAACUCCCACAAGGCACUGCAUCAGGGACAGCGAAUCCCAGAAGGGACUAACAGCCGGGACUGUGAGUCGUAAGACGGUAUACAACCAACCAGAGACUCCCAGAAGGCACUACAACCAGGACUGCGACUCCCAGGAGGCACAACUGGGACAAGGCUCCUAGGAGGCAGUAUAACCGGGACUGCAGCUCCUUGAUAGUACUACAACGUGGACUGUGCCUCCCAGGAAGCACUACAGAUGGGAGCGAGACUCCCAAAAUACAUCACAACCAACCUGCCACUCCCAGAAUGCACCACAAUCGAGACUGCAACUCCCAGGAUGCACCCCAACGGACAGUGGGGCCUGGCUGCAGUCCUUCGUGCCUGGAGAGAUACAGUAUAUUAGGCACAUGCUCCUCUCCCAGCGAGGUGACGCGGCUCUGCAGUAGAGGACGCACAGAGCAGAAGAAGCCAGUGUGGCAGCCGCUGGGUCUCCCGGUCGCUACCAGUCUUACCAUGCUUCCCUGUGAUAUCUGUGGUGAAAUGGUAACCUCAGAAUCAGAUAUGAAGACUCAUCUCCUAAUUGUUCACAUGGAAAAUGAGGUUAUAUGUCCAUUUUGCAAAUUGUCGGGGGUAAAUUAUGAUGAAAUGUGCUUUCAUAUUGAAACUGCUCAUUUUGAGCACAAUGUUCUAGAAAGAAACUUUGAGAGGGUAGACCCAAUACAUUAUGGAACUUCAGAUAACAAGGACAACUCUCUGCAGAGUACAAUGGAAGCUUGUGCAUCUAGUCAUCCAAAAUGUUCAGCUCAAAGCCUGCCUAAUGAUGGUACUUUAAAACAUGAAGUCUUUUACUCAGACAGCUUAAUUGGAUCUAGAAAAUUCCUGAAAAGCAAGGAAAACCAGUCGGACUUAUCUGAAACAAAAGAAUCAAUUUAUGAAACAAUGUAUAGUCCUCCUGAAUGUCCAUUCUGUGGAAAAAUAGAGGAAUGUAGUCAAGAUAUGGAAAAUCAUGUGAAAACAAAGCAUGUCAGUCUUUUGGACACACCAUUAGAAGACUGUGAUCAACCAUUGUAUGACUGCCCUAUGUGUGGUCUCAUCUGUACAAAUUAUCAUAUUCUCCAGGAACAUGUUGACUUGCAUUUAGAAGAAAGGAGCUUUCAACAAGUAGGCAUGGAUAGAAUUCAGUGUUCUGCUGAUCUGGAAUUGGCUCACCAGCUUCAACAGGAAGAAGAUUGGAAGCAAUCUGAGGAAUCAAGACAAGAAAUGGAAGAAUUCCAGAAGCUGCAGCAACAGUAUGGCUUAGAUGGUUCUGGAGGAUAUAAACAACAGCAACUCCAGAAUAUGGAGAUAGAAGUAAAUAGAGGAAGAAUGCAUCCAACUGAGUUUCACAGGAGAAAAGCUAACCUGAUGGAAUCCCUUGCUGUUGGUAUUGAUGAUGGAAAAACAAAAACUUCUGGAGUUAUUGAAGCACUUCAUAGAUACUAUCAGAGCACGGCCACAGAUGUGACGCGUGUAUGGCUUUCUACAGUGGUAGAUCACUUUCAUUCUUCUCUAGGUGACAAAGGUUGGGGUUGUGGUUACAGAAAUUUUCAAAUGCUGCUUUCAUCAUUAUUACAGAAUGAGGCUUAUGAUGAUUGCUUGAAAGGUAUGUCGGUUCCAUGUAUUCCAAAAAUUCAGGCUAUGAUUGAAGAUGCAUGGAGAGAAGGUUUCGAUCCUCAGGGGGCUUCUCAACUUAAUAAUAGGUUACAGGGAACCAAAGCCUGGAUUGGAGCAUGUGAAGUAUUUACCCUCCUGACUUCCCUGAGGGUCAAGUGCCGUAUUGUUGAUUUUCACAAGGCAACUGGUCCUUCAGGUACACACCCUCGCUUAUUUGAAUGGAUAUUGAACUAUUAUUCUUCAGAGCAGGAAGGAAGUGCAAAGGUGGUAUGCACAUCCAAACCUCCUAUCUAUCUUCAGCAUCAAGGUCAUAGUCAAACAGUUAUUGGAAUUGAAGAGAGAAAAAACAGAACAUUAUGUUUGCUAAUAUUUGAUCCCGGAUGUCCUUCUCGAGAAAUGCAGAAACUAUUAAAAAAAGACGUCGAGGCCAGUAGUAUCAAGCAACUUCGGAAAUUUGUGGGAAAUUUAAAGCAUAAGCAAUACCAGAUAGUGACAAUUGAGGGUGCUCUUUCUCCAGAGGAGAAAGUGGCCAGGAGACACGCUUCUCAAGUCUUUACAGCGGAGAAGAUUCCUUGAAGAAUUAAGCUUUUUGGUGAUUAUGACAUUGCACUUCGGUUUCCAAACUCUGAUAUUGAACUCUUUAAUAUAGCUUAAGAACCUGAAUUGUCUUAAGUGCUCAACAUGUUUGCCUACAUUAAAUUAUACCUUUAGUGCUUCCUUAUCUACUG